GUUGCAGUGUUGUUAUUGCCUCUCGUAAAUUUGACCGAUUAAAAGCUGCUGCAGAAGAAUUGAAUAAUACAUUUUCUUCAGUGAGUCCUGCCAAAGUGACUCCCAUACAGUGCAAUAUUCGCAAAGAAGAUGAGGUAGAAGCUUUAGUGAAGUCCACGCUGAGUCUGCAUGGGAAGAUUGACUUCCUGGUCAAUAAUGGAGGGGGUCAAUUUGCAAGUCCUUCUGAGGCCAUCCGUGCCAAAGGUUGGAAUGCUGUAAUAGACACGAAUCUCACAGGGACCUUCUACUGCUGCAAAGCAGUGUACAAUGCCUGGAUGAAGGAACAUGGAGGAGUCAUUGUCAACAUUACUGCUGCCGUCAGAAAUGGGUUUCCUGGAAUGUCGCACACAGCAGCUGCAAGAGCUGCAGUGAAUAACCUAACCAAGACUUUAGCUUUAGAGUGGGCCCACAGCGGAGUAAGAAUCAACAGUGUUGCUCCUGGAACAGUAUUUUCAGAAACUGCUCUUGCAAACUAUGGAGAACAAGGUACAAUGAUGUUGUUAAACACCAUACCGAAGAUUCCUGCCAAGAGGUCAGCAGUUCCUGAGGAGAUCUCUCCCGCAGUGUGCUUCCUGCUCUCUCCAGCUGCUUCUUACAUAACUGGGAUAACCAUGCUGGUGGAUGGUGGCCAAAGUUUAUAUAGCCAUACCCUAGAAAUACCCGAUCAUGACAGAUGGCCCUCACCACCAGAAGGAAAAAAUACUGAAAUGCUUAAGAAGCUUCUUUCUGGGAAUUUCAAGGCAAAGUUGUAA